AUGACUCCAGACCAGAGAACAGACUCCCUGGGCCAGCGGACCGGACAAGACGUGCCUGCCGACCGAGGCAGCCACGGCCGCAUCUACCCAUUUAUUCCUGAGCGCUGCGACAAGACGGGGGGGGGGAGCCGCUUCGAGCCUGGAGUGUCCGGCGGAGCUUUCUCUCCCGAGGAGGGCCUCAUCCUCCGGUCAGCCUGCCAGCUCAGCCCGAGAAGCACCCAGCCACCUGUGUCCGUGAGGCCCACGCGCUCAUCAGCCCGGACGGGAGCCCGCACGUCCGACGAGUGGACCGGACCCCGCGCGCGCCGAGACGCCGUGAUAGGCUCCGUUGACCAGAGCUGGAUCGCCCGGCUGCUGCACGCUGCACCCCUGUCUUUUUUAUUUCGGAGUCGAAGGAGAAGAGAGACAGACGAGAGACUGGCCAAAGAGAGAGAAAAUAGGAGGGAUAAAGUCCUCACCACUUCACCAGGUCUGAAGGUUCGAAAGAGGAUUCAUACUGAAGAGAAGCCGCACACCUGUGAUCAGUGUGGGCGAGCUUUUACCACGUCAAGUAUUUUAAGGCAUCAUCAGCGUAUUCACACUGGGGAUAAGCCUUACAGAUGUGAUCAGUGUGGGACAGCUUUUACCGAACAAGGGGAUCUAAGGCGUCAUCAGCGUAUUCACACUGGGGAUAAGCCUUACAGAUGUGAUCAGUGUGGGGCAGCUUUUACCCAACAAGGUAAUCUAAGGAGUCAUCAGCGUGUUCACACUGGGGAUAAGCCUUACAGAUGUGAUCAGUGUGGGGCAGCUUUUACCCAACAAGGUAAUCUAAGGAGUCAUCAGCGUGUUCACACUGGGGAUAAGCCUUACAAAUGUGAUCAGUGUGGGGCAGCUUUUACCCACCAAGAUAGUCUAAGGAGUCAUCAGCGUAUUCACACUGGGGAUAAACCGUACAGAUGUGAUCAGUGUGAGGCAGCUUUUACCCGACAAGAUAAUCUAAGGAGUCAUCAGCGUAUUCACACUGGGGAUAAGCCUUACAGAUGUGAUCAGUGUGGGGCAGCUUUUACCGAACAAGGCAGUCUUAGGCGUCAUCAGCGUAUUCACACUGGAUUUAAGCCGUACAGAUGUGAUCAGUGUGGGGCAGCUUUUACCCAACAAGAUAGUCUAAGGAGUCAUCAGCGUAUUCACACUGGGGAUAAGCCUUACAAAUGUGAUCAGUGUGGGGCAGCUUUUACCCGACAAGAUACUCUAAGGAGUCAUCAGCGUAUUCACACUGGGGAGAAGCCUUACAGAUGUGAUCAGUGUGGGGCAGCUUUUACCCAACAAAAUAGUCUAAGGAGUCAUCAGCGUAUUCACACUGGGGAUAAGCCGUACAGAUGUGAUCAGUGUGAGGCAGCUUUUACCCGACAAGAUAAACUAAGGAGUCAUCAGCGUAUUCACACUGGGGAUAAGCCUUACAGAUGUGAUCAGUGUGGGGCAGCUUUUACCCAACGAGGUAGUCUAAGGCGUCAUCAGCGUAUUCACACCAGAUAAAAAAUUGUCUGUGAUCAGCGUGGGGCAGCUUUUACUUGGAGAGCUCAGUUAAAGGUGCCAAUUUAGACAUGUUAUGUUGUUCUGAGAAAAAAAGAAAUCUGGAGUUUUGUUUUCAUUUUUACCUGAAAAAUGUGUUUAAAUUAGAUUUUUCAUCAGUUUAUGUUCCAUU